CCAUUUGUUUAAAGAAACAUGAAAUGCGUCCAUUUGUUUGAGUAAUCAAUUUCCUUUUGCAGUGGGGUUGGCCUGGAAUUGUUAAAGAUUGCAACUUUAUUUUAAGUACAUUUGCAUUUUGGAGAAGAGAGGAGUACUGGACUCUGGACUCUGGAGGAGUAAAAGGAAGAGAGGGAGAAGAUGGGUUUGCUGACAAACAGAGUGGAGAGAAGUGAGAUUAAAGCAGGAGACCAUAUCUACACUUACCGAGCUGUCUUUGCUUAUUCUCACCAUGGUAUUUUUGUUGGUGGGAGCAAAGUGGUUCAUUUUACGCUGGUCGAGAGCUCUUCAGAUGCUGCUGAUGAAAUAUCAGGCCUUUCUUCGUCCUGUCCAUUCUUUCCCGACUGUGGAUUUAGGCUCCCUAACAGUAAUGUUGUUCUUUCUUGUCUGAAUUGCUUUCUCCGUAAUGGUUCACUCUACAGCUUUGAAUAUGGAGUAAGCCCCUCUGUUUUCCUUGCCAAAGUGCGAGGGGGCACUUGCACUACUGCUGUGUCAGACCCUCCAGAGAUGGUUAUCCACCGAGCAAUGCAUCUUCUCCAGAAUGGAUUUGGGAACUAUGAUGUGUUCCAAAACAACUGUGAGUACUUUGCGUUGUAUUGCAAAACAGGUCUUCUGACACUUGAUAGAUUGGGAGUUGGAAGAAGUGGACAAGCUUCUUCUGUUGUUGGUGCUCCUUUAGCUGCACUUCUUUCCUCCCCUCUGAAGUUGCUAAUUCCUAGUCCUGUUGGCGUGGCCACUGUUACAGCGGGAAUGUACUGUAUGAGCAGAUACGCUACUGACAUUGGUGUUCGAAGUGAUGUCAUAAAAGUUGCAGUCGAAGACUUAGCUGUAAACCUUGGCUGGGGAAGCAGCAAUGAAGGAGCAAUUGUGGAACAUGAGGAUUCUAAUCACUUACUUGACAGGUGACAUCAUUCUCAUGGUAUUGCAUAUAAAAUGCUACUGAUGUUGUACUUAUCAAUUUGGGAUAAUUAGUCUAGUUCACAUCUUAUCAUAAGCAUUCUGGUCCAGGAACUGCCAUUUGGCUGUCCAUGUGCGCCACCCAUAAUGAUCCUAUUGUACAUUGAAAGUAAGUUAUUGGUGUUAGUUUGUUAUCCUGCAUACUAAUAUAUGUCUUCACAGUUUCUUA